AUGAAGGCAGUCGUGAGCUCUGCGGCGAACAUCAGCGACAGUACCGCGGAGGCGCAGUUUGUUACUAACGUGGUUGCCGUUCAUCACGACCACUUCUUCAACUUCCGCCUCGACAUGGACAUGGACGGCCAGAACAACUCGUACGUCAUCAAGCAGCUGCAGCGCGCGUAUAACACCAACGGCACGAAGCCGCGCCAAAGCUACUGGACGGUCACCAAGUACAACAGCAGCGAGAAGUUUGCCUCGGGGGUGUUCACCAACCAGGCCACGGGAGACCAGACGCUGCUCAACUGGUGA